UUUCAACUUAAAGUCUACUGCACAACCCUUGUUGGGCAACUGCUCGCUGGAAAAAUAACUUGAAGAUGUYUCCCUUGUUCAUGUUUUUUGUCGUUAUUGAUUUUAUUUUAAGUCUGGCAGACUACAGUUCUUGUCAUACUGCUUACCCGCCCAACUUCGACAGGGAAAAGGGUCUUGUUUUUGACUUUUAUCCUGYUCAAAAKCUUACGCCUCCAAAAGGUGCAAUGAAUAAGACCAAGUAUGUCACAGAUAACAUGGACUGCGUGUUCGCUUGCAUGGAUGUCCAUUGGUGCCGUUCAAUAAAUUAUAAAAUCGAUCCUCGAUCGAACGGUCUUCACCUCUGUCAGCUGAUUUCAACCGAACAGUUUGCUGGGAAAGAGUACAUGGUUYUAGACAAAUCGUAUAACCAUUACAGCUUGAAGAAUCCAUGCCAAAAAGCCCCUUGUCGUAAUGRUGGCAAGUGUGUUCUCCAAGAAAACAGGCAACAUUACCACUGCAAUUGUCUUAAUGGAUUUGACRGAGAGUAUUGCGAAAAAGGACCGCCGAAGUCAUGCCUUGAGAUCCUUCACCGAAAAAAGUCAAAUGGAACUGGUGCCCACUGGAUUGAUCUAUCCAACAUUACAGGAACCCAGCCUUUGCGCGUGUUUUGUGAUAUGGACACGGAUGGAGGAGGAUGGACUUUGGUUUCUAACUAUGUAAUCCCAAGUUCGGGUGCAAAACCACCUCUUGACGUUAUUUAUUCCUAUGCUGAUAUURGACGCUAUGGAAACGGACRUACGGUCAUAUCAACUGAUGCAUURCGGGAUCUUCAGGCGAUGACGUCAUUCACUCAAAUGAGAUGGCAGUGCCGUAAGUUGUUGAAUGRGCGCAUGAUAGACGUCAUAACAUCCAAGAAUGCAUCUGGAUAUGCUGCUGUCAAUUACUUUAUGUCAGAUAAAUCUACAAGGCCAGACAGCUGUGGCUCGUUCUAUUUGGGGCCUAAUGAYAGCUCAAUGAUUUCAAGCCAAUGUUCAGUUUGGGGUGCAAGUGAAAGUGGUAAAUGGUCGAAUCCAGGAUAUGAAGACAAGGCUUACAAAGUCUAUGAUCAUCCGUUUUWUGUGAGCUCGAAAUAUCACUUCAUUGUMAAUUAUAAUUCAAGACUGGAAUGUGAUGAUAAUAUGUAUUCUGGCAAUGUUUCACCUGGCGAUUUCUGGAAGAUUUAUGUUCGYUAACAUCAUGAGAGUAGGACAGCAGAGCUUAUCCAGGGGAACAACGCAGGAAAACGUUACUUUGAAUUGUUUUCUGAACUUAUAUUUUAACAUAUUGCGAAACUGUGUUUUACUUGUGACCGGGCCAUAGGUCCUCAUUUAUGUCGAGAUUAUUUGACUCUCCAAUAACAAUAAGCGGAUUUGUCUUUGUAUAAUAUAUACGGUACCGAGGGYAUGUGACUCUACAGCAAAAUGCUACAUUCUACGCAAUCACCAUACUCGUUGAUGUUGUACCUUCUCUGUUAGAAGGGUAGGUCAGAAUUGAUUUAUGAAUUAAUCACWUACACUUAUUUCAAAAAACGUUCUUGGGAAGAACGGCGAGCGGCGAUUGUCGAAGGGAGAAGCACGACCGAAAGAAACUAUGGUUACGCUGUUUCACAUACAAAAAAUUCAAUUGUUUGGUUUUCUUGCAUGAAAAUGGASACUAAAUGGAGCCAAUGAUGACCAUAGAAUCCCUUACAGUAAAAAUCAGUUAUCAUUUCGCCAUCCAUYAGCAAAACCCAUGGCUACUUUCUCGGUCAUGCAAUCGAUGUUCGACCAUUGCCAUUCGCCAUUUUAUCCGACAAUCUUUUUUGAAAUAGGAAUAUAACAAAUAACACAAGCUUAUCCAAUCCACAAGCACUCCAUAUUAGGAAACAGCGAUGAACUGAUUUCUGGAACGCGAAAAUUGACAUCCCGCAAUGAUGAAGCACAAAACACUUAAAAUAUAAAUGAAUCAACAAGAAUCGCUCAUUAAUGUCUAGCCAUGACUAAUAAAAGUCAAUACUAAUUUGUGUUCAAUUGUCAUUAUAAGUUAUUUUGACUGAACAUUCUAAUUAAGCUCAUUCCAAUUAAGCUCAUUCCAAUUAAGCUCAUUCCA